UCGCUCAGGUGCCUCUCGGCAGGUGAUUGGCCAGCGGAGUUCCCCUUCUCCUGUUCAACAUCGUGGUGCCUCAGCGGGACUCGGGUCCGAUCCGUGGCAGCGCGUUAGCGGCGCACUUCUCCAACUUUUGUCCGUUGUCUGAAGUUGACUUUCCCGGGGGGUUCGCGACUUUUUAGCAGCUUUUCGUCGGUGGAGUUUUGUGAUCAAGGUGUAGCGGAAAAUUAGUUGGUUUGGAAAGUUUUUCCCCCCUUGGGAGUCAGUUAGAAAAACAAAAAACAAAAAAAGAUGGCAGACAGCGAGGAGCAGCUCGUCUCUUCCACCACUCCUUCGUUUGGCGAGGAGCUGAUCAGCCUGGCGGACCCGGACACCGGGCUGGGCGAACCGGACCGACCGAAACUAGACCCCUUCAACGUGGACGACAUCGUGGACUUGGUCGGCGGGGCGCAGGACGCCAUCGAGAGACACCUGGCCGAGGACAGCGCGCCAAGCGAGGUCACAGAGGCUUCCUUCACCCCGCCACAAGAACCAGAAACGGUCCUCGAACCGGAGCCCGAGGCGGCGCCAGCGGCAGGAGACGUGGAGGAGGAGGAGGAGGAGGAGGAGGAUGCCCCGGCGAGCUGGCUGACAAAAGGGGAGGCGAUUCCAGACUCCACCACCUCCACUUUGGUUCGCCCAGACACCCCACCACACGCAGCAGAGCCUCCCGUUGCCUUCGCCCCCAAAGCCGAACCGGAGAGUACAAAGCUCGCACCAGAGCCAGAGGUUGUACACCAGCCGGAACCCGGCGCCCUCCCACCGGCUGAACCCCGGACAGCAGCAGCGGCAGCCCCCGCAGAGGCAGCAGAGGAAGCACCGGCUCCAGCAUCUUAUGCACCUUCUCCUCCUAAAGCUCAGCCUCAACCUCUGAUGCAAUUCCCUACAGCACUUGGGCAGAAGGGUGAUUCCCCUGCUCCCAUCUCUCCUCUGUCCCCUCUUCACUCUCCUGAUUCUCUGGAAGAGCUCUCUCUGACUGAGAGUCCCAACCAGCCCCCCACUUCGGCAUCAGCUGCACCAUUUGGCUCCGCAUCCACCGAAUCCCCUGAAACUCGUUCCAAGGACAUGCCUUGGGAGGGUGAAGAGGGAGACUCUGGACCGGGCCGUAGUAAGAAUAAGCAAGACCACCUAGAUCCGUUAGCUGGUCCUUACCUGAGUUUAGGGAAAGACCCAGGGCCCCAGAAUCCGUGUGAGGACAGCGGAGUUUCCUUUUCCCCUGAGGAGAGGCUGUUUAGCUCAGACAGGUCCUCCACCGGUCCCUCUCCCGUGACCCCCCCGACGAAGCUCCCUGAGUCUCACCCUGCCUCCUCUAACCCAACAGAGCACUGGGAAUCGCCCUUCCUAGCAUCUCAAGACAGCUCCAAGGUCUCCAUGGAUACCGUCUCCAAGGACACAGCCCCCGUCAGCUCUUCCAGGUAUGAGCCAGACCUGCACGGCAACCAGUCUGACGAAGACGAUGACUUGAUGUUUGAGGUCAAGAAGAAUAACAACCCAUUUGAGGGGUAUUCCCCCCUGGCGGACGCUGGCUACUCUCACUUUGGGGAUGCCAAGUCUGACAGCAGGGCCACCAAAAUGUCAGAAAGUCCCACUCCAGAUCUCGUCCAGUAUGGACAGACCGGAGACUCCCAGGAUAGUCCGCCAUCUUUCUACAACGAGGGCAAAAUGUUUGAGGCUGCCAAGAUUGGUGCUGACUCACUCAUGCAGUCAGCAAAUCAGUUCUCAUCCAAUCUUAAAGAUGAUGAUGAUGAGGAAGAGGAGGAGGAGGAUUCUGCUCUGCCACCAUCUCUGCCAGACAUCCUGAAGUCUUCCCCUCUCAACCCUGACAAAAUCGACUCUGGUUCUUCCGAGGGAAGCCCUGAGGAGCAGAGCCCUGUUCUGGAGCGGAGGAUGAUGGAGUCGCCCAACCCUCCGAUCAACCUGUCUGCUAACAACCCGUUUGCUUUUGAUUCCAAAGUGUCCCUGUUGAAAGAGAUGGCCGAAGAGACCGAGGCGAGAGCGGCCGAGAAGGUGAAGGUUGAAGAUGAUAAAGGCUUUGGCGCAUUUGACCUUGUUAAAGAGGCAGCGGAAACCACCCCGGCCAAAGUCAAGGAAGAGGAACCUGUCAAGAUCGAGCAGAAAGAUUGGUUUGCAAGUCACGAUUCCCCCAAAAUGACUGGCAAAUUUGAGCCGCUUGAUUUCCAGAGCAAAAAGACCCCCGCUGAUGAUUCAGAUUCUGAGUCGCCGACAGCGGACUCCCUAUCCCCAGUUCUAGAAGCCAUGGCCAAGAACCCCGCCAGCUUCCAGGUGGAAAUGGAGAAGAGGGACCUGAAGAUGGAAGUGGAGGAAGCAGAAGUCGCUGAAGAGGUGUCCGAACCUGAAGUCUCCUCUGAAGAGUUUGAGUUCAUUGAGAGACCACCCAGGGGUGUGAUUGACGAGUUUCUGGAGGCUCUAGAUAACUCCAAGUUUGCGUCCCCCAAGGCACCUGAGAUCCCCAUGGAUGAUGAUGUAUGUUUUGGGAAGAAAGAUGAGGCUCCAGUUUCAGCUCCAGCUCCGACAAAAGUAGUGCCACCUCCAGAGAUUGAAGAAGAAGAAGCACCAAGCCAGAGCUCCUACCUCCUCCUCACCCAGGCCUCCUCCAAGUCCUCCCCACAGAAGGGCAAGGCAGAGCUGGAGAAGCCUGAAGCUGAUCAGCCUCCAUCCCAGGCGACGCUCGUCCACUCUCCGGUCAGCAAACCAGAGGAGGCUGUGGCCAAGAAGAGCACAGAGGGCGGCAAAAUGCUUCCCCUACCAAACCUGAGCUCAGAAGCAGUGGUGGAGCUCCUGUACUGGCGUGAUUUGAAGACGACCGGCGUGGUGUUCGGAGCCACCCUGCUGCUGCUGCUCUCCCUGACCAUCUGCAGCAUCGUCAGCGUCUCGUCCUACGUGGGCCUGGCGCUGCUCUCCGUCACCAUCUCCUUCAGGAUAUACAAGGGCAUCCUGCAGGCCAUCCAGAAGUCCGAUGAGGGCCACCCCUUCAAGCAGUACCUGGACCAGGAGGUGGCGCUGUCUGAGGAUAUGGUCCACAAGUACAGUGACAUGAUCCUGACCAAACUCAACAAGAGCAUCGGUGAGCUGAGGCGCCUGUUCCUGGUCGAGGACCUGGUCGACUCCAUCAAGUUUGCGGUGUUGAUGUGGAUCCUGACCUACGUCGGUGCCUUGUUCAACGGACUCACUCUUCUUAUCCUGGGUCUGGUCGGAGCGUUCAGCUGCCCGAUCAUUUACGAGAAACACCAGGUCCAGAUCGACCACUACCUGGCUCUGGUCAACAACCAGAUCAAAGACGUCAUCGGAAAGAUCCAGGCCAAAGUUCCCGGCCUGAAGCGCAAAGCGGAGUGAAGAGGACGACGAGACGUUUGGAUUCAGGAAGAUUCAGGAAGACGGACGGACGGACGGGAGUGUGACGGGUGGAGGGAUGAGGGGGGGUGGGGGGUUGUAAGGAGUUGUGGAAGUAGGAGCGGGGGGGUCUGGCGUGGACGCAGCCCCUCUGACAUUUAUUAUUAUUUGUCAAAAUGAAAACACUUUUUUCCAGUUGGGAAUUCCUUUUUUUUUUUUUUCCUUUUUUAAAGUGUAAUGCUCUGUGGAAAAGUGAAACCAGCCCGGAGCUCAGCCGCUUCAGCUGAGGGGAUUAAAUUGGUGUAACGUCCCUUUAACAGGCUUUGAAGUGUUUUGUUGAAAGGUUUCUGUGAGACGAUGAAACUCGCACAAACACGUUUUAAUCUUGAUUUUUACCCACAGCUGCCGCCCGCAGUGCAUUGUGGGAGGUGAGUGCUGGUUGGGCUGGGCUCUCGGGUUGGUUUGUUUUCCCUCACCACACAGUUCAGCCGAGCGGAGAGAUUUUUUUUUUCUUUUCUUUUUGUGUCUCUUAUUUUUUCGUGAAGGGGAAGUGAAGAGCGGUACCUUAGUGGGGAAAACAGCACCUCUAGUUUUUGUUCCUUUUUUUUUUUUUUGGUAUGGUUCUUAUUAUUCAGUUAGUGGAAUUUGUGAUUUUUCCUGUUUUACUGAUCCACCGUGUCGUGACGCCCCGGGCUUCAGCCUCUUUUCCUCACUACCUGCUGAGUGUGACGCCGCCACGCCGCCAGGACGCACUCUGACGAGAUCCGCGGCGCGGCGAGGCGUUGUGUGUGUGUGGGGGGGGGGUGGGAGGGGUAGGGGGGGCGCUACUACCAUAAGCACUUCAUCGCUUCUGAGUAACUCUAGCUAGAAACAUCUAGAAACCUUUGCGAGAAGAAAAAUAAAGUACAUUUAUUACAUAAGUCGUCAUUUCAUGUCGUUACAGCUGCCUAGUAUGAAAAACUCUGGAACGAACACGUUUACAUACAUCAACAUAAAGUAACAUUUAAAAAUGUAAAAAAAAUGAAAUGGGGGUUUAAGAAAAAAAAUAAGUAAAAAAAAAAAAAUAACCAUACUGUCUGUGGAGCCGAUAUCUUAAAGCUGCAAAACGAUGUAACUUGGGAAAUCUUCAAGCAUUUUGUUUGUUAUGCAAGUAAUUGUGAAUGAAACUUCAUACUUCAAUUGUGACGAUAAGCUCCUGCCGGAGCCGUGUUUGUGGAAUGCAUUGUGAGAUGUAAACAAUUAUCAAUAAAGCUUCUAGACGAAGA